GCAGUAGAACACGCAACGAUUCUCUAGUUGUACAGGCAAACACUUACAGUGACAUACACACACACAUACACAUACGACAAAACAACGACUAAUACCUCGCUUGCAGGUGAUUUUCCUCAACCGCACAAGAUAGCAGUAGUGGUAGUACUAGUAGCAGUAAAAGAAGAACGGCAACACGCUCACUCCUCCUCAAGAUCACUAUCAGUUACCACAGCAGCAGCAGCAGCAGCAACAACGAAUAAGUGCAAAUGCUGCGUUUGUGCGCGAAGCGGCUAGGCGGCGCGAAGCAGCCCUCGCACGUGUACGAGCUGCGCACUCACACCAUCGCGCCGCACAACUACGACGCGUUCAACCAGCUCACGAUGAAGCACAUGUCCCUGCGUCCCACCGUCGGGGCCUGCCAGGGUUACUGGACCGUGCAGCUCGGCGGUGUCGGGCAGUUCGUGCAGAUUUGGCGUUACGACGACUUGCAGCAUCGCUACGAGUGCCACAAGGAGCUGGAGAACGAUCAGGAGUGGGUGCGGUCCUACGCAAAGCCAACCGACGAGCUGAUUGAAUCCAAGUCGAAUCAGGUGCUCCGUCUCCUCCAUCGCGAGGGCAACGCAAGUACGAAGAGCUACAAGUACCUUAUGCAGAUGUCGCCGCACAAGGAGAUCGAGCUGUCAGGGCCGAGCGCCAUCCUGGCGGCGACGUUUCAAGUCAUUGUGGGCGAUGACGAAGGGAAGUACUUGCAUUUGGUAAAGGGCCACAACCUGGAUGACGUAAUCCCCGUGAACCCGAUGGUUUGCUGCCGCUCAAAACUGCUAGGUCCGGUGCGCUGGUCAACGUCGAUGAAUUGCCUUUGGCGUUAA